AUGGAUCUCCGUUUUUUGGCUUCCUUAACCUUUCUUGUCGGCAUAAUCUUCAUCAAUACACAUACCACAGCUGGACAAGUCGGCGUUUGCUACGGAAGGUACGGCGACAAUCUCCCGUCGCCGGCAGAAACCGUUGAGCUCUUCAAACAGAAAAACAUCAAGCGAGUCAGACUAUACAGUCCCGACCAUGACGUUCUCGCCGCCUUACGUGGCUCCGACAUCGAAGUAAUGUUGGGCCUUCCUAACCCGGAACUACAACGCGUGGCCUCCAGCCAAUCAGAAGCAGAGAAGUGGGUGCAAACCAACGUCAUUAGCUACGUGGAUGACGUCAAGUUCCGUUACGUAUCUGUUGGUAACGAAGUGAAGAUCUCUGACUCUUACUCACAGUUCCUUGUCCCAGCCAUGGAAAAUAUCGACCGGGCCAUUUUAGGAGCCGGACUCGAUGGUCAAAUCAAGGUAUCGACGGCUGUAGACAUGGGAGUGCUCGAAAAAUCUUACCCUCCUUCGAGUGGUUCGUUUACAGGAAAAGUAAUGGUGCUUAUGGAACCAAUCAUACGUUUCUUGGUAAACAAGAAAUCUCCUUUACACUUAAACCUCUACACUUACUUCAGCUACGCGGGUAAUCGAGACCAAAUCGGACUCGAUUACGCUCUCUUCACGGCUUCUCCAGGAACCGUCUCGGACCCUCCAAGAUCUUACCAGAACCUAUUUGAUGCAAUGCUCGACGCGGUGUACUCGGCUCUAGAGAGAUCCGGUGGUGAAUCUUUGGAAGUUGUUGUGUCCGAGACUGGAUGGCCAACGGCAGGAGGAAUCGAAACGAAUAUGGAGAAUGCGAGGAUUUAUAACAAUAAUUUGAUUAGUCAUGUGAAGAAUGGGACACCGAAGAGACCAGGGAAAGAAAUCGAGACUUAUCUAUUUGCUAUGUAUGAUGAAAAUGUGAAGCCGACUCCUCCUGAUGUUGAGAAGUUUUGGGGUUUGUUUCAUCCGAACAAGCAGCCUAAGUACGAUGUUAACUUUGGUUGA